AUGGCCAGGAUGCUUGGACGAUCACGGUCGUUGCGGAUACUGAGAGGUGGGCAGAAGGAAACCCACCAACAGGACCAGAGCCCUCCAGUGCCACUACCCUCGCAUCCUCAGGUAGACUCCGAUAGAUUAAAGGCAUUCACGCCUGAUACAAACGCAGACACUCGUGUCGAAACGGCCGAUAUGUUGCAACGACCCAAGACAUCAGGUGGACCAACGGACCGCGGAAGGCAAUUCCACAAGAAAACUACUCCCGUCGCCCUUGACUCUAGUCAAAACUUGAUUGCAUCUUUCCCUUCACCAACCAAGUCUUCUACCACUCUUCUCUACGCCGCUGAGAUCAAUGAGUCGAGGGAGGGUGUGAUUGGAAUUGCGCUUGGUAGUCCCACAAUGGCUUCGCAUUGGAAUUCUCCAUACUCGACCGAUUUUGUAACCAGCAACGCCGGAACUGUCACUCAAAUAACCUCCAAUUCACCUGUUGCUGGAUCAGUCGAGGUAAAACAAGACUAUCCAAAACCUAAACUCAGCCGCUGGAAAUCCAUAUUCAAGAAAGUUCAACCGCCACCUCAAGAACAAAAGCAAAACUUUUACCAACUCGCUCGUUCAGUCACUCCAGCUCGUGCAGACAGCCACCACGAUGAUGAAUCCACGCAUUCUAGCACAACGACACCUCCCGAGGAGUUUCGAGAUGAUGCUGGAUCCUCAUCGCCGCCUGCAUUCAAGCCGGAAAUCAGAGAAUCGCGAAAGGUUGCUAAAGGCCAAAUGCAACCCACCACCGAAACUCGACCACGCGCGCUUACCCACGGAAAUUUGGCAACAAACCAGACUCCCAAAACUAGGACUGCUCUAUCUCGCUCCAGUUCAAGCCCUCAACCCCCAAUGAGAGAUCCCCCACCAGUCCCACAGUUGGUCAUCUCUGGGGGCACUCAGAAUCCCCCGGGUCCUUUGUACGCCUCACCCACUUCGCUCACCGAUAAGCCACUUCUAGAUGUUGCAAUUCCCACUAUCAAGAUGGAACGCUACAGUGUCAUGUUCGGCAAUCUCCUCCAAUCGAGUCCGGAUGGAAGUACAGCUCAGUCUUCAUCGCUUCUCAUGCGACGACAGGGCAACGGUGAGAAACUGAAGCCUCUCAAUGAGCUGACUGUUAAGAACAAUCAUGCUUCCCACAGUUCGGAAUUAAAACCACAGCGACGGGCAACUUCUCCAUCACAGGCUCCGAAAUCACCAUCAGUCACUCUUUCAUUGUUCCCUCAACCUAGCGCCAGUAGCAGAGCACCAUCACCACACGCACUCUCAUCUAGUCGAACCGGCCGACUGCAAAGAUCUAAGACAGCACCCGCCGUUUCUCCAAAUCGUCGUAGCUUUUCCAUCUCAAACGCGCCUGAAGUCGAUGGAAAGGACGCUACCCAGGAUGCUUCCGUUUCAAGAAAGCCUCAGGCUUCUGAGAAAGCGGAAAAGUUUCAGGAGGUGAAAGCCCCAGGAAUAGAUCUCAAGGCGACCUCACAAUUCCUCUCGCCAAUGUCAAUGUUGAGCCCCAGUAAUAGCGAUGGUAGUUCACAGCCUCCGAUCAGUCCGAAUGAGCCGGUAUGGGAAAUCGUCUCGAAGCCACUGGCCAGGAGGCCCUCUCGCAAGGAAAUGCGUGAAGCGCUGUCAUCUCAUCCGGCCAACGCAAGCAUGGAGCAGAGCAGUCAACCCUCGUCUGCACCCCUGGUCUCUUCACCUAUGUCGUUAGGCCUGAAACCCCAGACUCCACUCACUGCCGACGGCAGGACGAACAUGCCGCGAUCUGCAGACCGCCUACACACUAUCUUGAGUCCAGCCAAACUUCAAGGUUCCCCCAGAGAGAAAAAGGAACACAUUGCGACCACAACCGUUGGGGUUGCAAGGUCUGUCUCGGUGUCUCGUGCAAGCCCCAGGAAAGCGGACCUGCUAAAACCUGUGUUGAUUACAAAAGGGGCAGAGGGCUCAGAGCGUUUGGUGGAGAGAAACGCGCUUACACCGACAUUGGUGGAACUCACAAAUCGAAAAAGCCAGAGGGUGCAAUUGGUGGAUGUCGAGGAUAUAACACCCCAGACCACACCUCAAUCUGGAAAGUUCAAUCAUCAAGAUCAUGCAUCUUGA